AUGGACGAACUUUCGGAACUGAAUGAAAAAACAGGAGACUGGGGAUUCGAUGGACUUCCCGGACCUCAAGCGUUAGUCGAAAGACUAGGAUUUAAAAGACAACCUGGAUUCCUGGGAUUGCCUGGCGAAAAAUGCAAUCAAGGAAAGGUACUUGCUAAGGUUGAGAAAGGUGAGCAUGGAAUUUCUGGAUUAAGAGGACUCGACGGAUUACCUGGCAGACAAGGGAUCUCUGGAGCUAAAGGCGAAUCAGGUUUUCCUGCUGCUUUCCCAGGCCUGAAAGGAGAAAGAGGUUUCCCUGAGAAACGAGGUGCUCCUGGUAUCGAUGGUUUAUCUGGAGAAAAAGGUGACAUCGGUUUGCCAGACCGCAAUGUUCUUGAUGAUAUAAGGGAAAAAAAGGACCCCUGGGACCACUCGGACCAGUGGCCUUCCUUGAUCCAAAGGGAGAAUACGGUGAACGCGGACCUGGAUCACUGUGCAGGAUUCCCUGAACCCAAAGCCGACGCGGGUUGUCUGGCCAACCUGGAUCCUGUUGGAAUGAUUGAAGAGAAAGGUUUCCCGGCUGCGCCUGGCAAUCCCGGUAUAUCAGGAAUCCCAGGAGUUAUAGGUCAGAAGGGAGAACCAGCACCUCCAGGCCAGCCAGGUCCCAAAGGAGACAAGGAAGUAGUCGAACCCUCUGAACCACGAGAGGAACGUAAUUUGUCAGGUCCGAUUGGCCCUCCUGGACGAGACGGUAUACCAAGCGUGAAGGGUGGCCGUGGAAGAAACGCUUUUCCAGGUACUCCAGGUCCAGCGGGCGAAAGAGGCGACAGAAAUGAAGUAGAUAUCGUCCGUAGUACUGGAUCAGUGGGCAAACCAGGUCCCAAAGGAGAAUCAGGACCGGCUUGCUAA